UAAAGCGCUAUCCCGUUAGAUUCUCCCCUCAACGGAUUGUGUCCAAGCUGUGCCCACUGUGCAUUGCUUCCUCUCUCUUCAAUAGGAAAGGGACGAAAAGAACACAAUGUUAUCCAGAUUCAAAGACGUGCAAUUUCAGUAGGCUAGUGAAACAAGUAGAGACGGAGAAGAGUGAACGAAUAGAUAUAGGAUAGAGACAGAUCUGCUUGAGAGAGGAGGACGCCACCAGAAGAGCAGCAGCCGACUGCGCUGUGGAAUAACCUAGUUGAUUUGAAACUAGACAUUUAUAUUAUAGUUAUUAUUCUGCGAGACAUUUUACUGAAUUCCCAUAAAAAUGACCUCUUCUGGCAAAGACAACAACGCUCACUAUAUGAACUAUGUGGGACCUUAUCGUUUGGAAAAGACCCUCGGCAAAGGACAGACAGGCCUGGUAAAGCUAGGAAUCCACUGUGUCACAUGUCAGAAAGUGGCAAUCAAGAUUGUCAACAGAGAGAAGCUGAGCGAGUCCGUCCUCAUGAAGGUGGAGCGGGAGAUAGCCAUUCUGAAGCUCAUAGAGCACCCUCAUGUUUUAAAGUUGCACGAUGUCUACGAAAACAAGAAGUAUUUGUACCUGGUUCUAGAGCACGUGUCGGGCGGAGAGCUGUUUGACUACCUGGUCAAGAAAGGACGGUUAACACCUAAGGAGGCCAGGAAGUUCUUCCGACAGAUCAUAUCAGCUCUAGACUUUUGCCACAGUCACUCGAUAUGCCACAGAGACCUGAAGCCAGAGAACCUGUUGUUGGAUGAGAAGAACAACAUCAGGAUAGCAGACUUUGGCAUGGCUUCUCUGCAGGUCGGGGACAGUCUACUGGAGACAAGCUGCGGAUCUCCUCACUAUGCUUGCCCAGAAGUCAUAAGGGGGGAGAAGUACGAUGGGAGGAAAGCAGACGUUUGGAGCUGCGGGGUCAUCCUCUUUGCACUUUUAGUGGGUGCCCUGCCAUUUGAUGAUGACAACCUAAGGAAUCUGCUGGAGAAAGUGAAGUUGGGGGUUUUCCACAUGCCCCACUUCAUCCCCCCAGACUGUCAGAACCUCCUCCGGGGCAUGAUCGAGGUGGAUGCCACCAAGAGACUCACGUUAGAGCAGAUCCAGAAACACAACUGGUACAUAGCUGGGAAGAAUGAACCUGAGCCGGAGCAGCCUGUCCCCAGGAAGGUGGCAAUCAGAACCCUAAGUACUGAGGAUAUAGACCCAGAUGUUCUUGAGAGCAUGCAUUCUCUGGGCUGCUUCAGAGACAAGGGCAAACUCACCAAAGACCUGCUCUCUGAUGAUGACAACCAGGAGAAGAUGAUCUACUUCCUGCUUCUGGACCGAAAAGAGAGAUACCCUAGUCAGGAGGACCAGAACCUCCCUCCACGCAGUGAAAUAGCUGACCCACCAAGGAAGCGCGUGGACUCCCCCAUGUUGAACCGCCACGGGAAGAGGAGGCCGGAGAGGAAGUCUAUGGAGGUGCUAAGUGUCACCGAGGGGGGCUCUCCUGUGCCUGUACGACGAGCCAUUGACAUGGCUACACACGGACAGAGUAAGUCGAUUUUCAGUAAAAGCUUGGAUAUCACAAACGCUAACCUCAGCAAAGAAGAAAGGUCACGGUCAAUCAGCGGAGCAUCCUCCGGUCUCUCGACCAGUCCUCUCAGCAGUCCUAGGCCGGUCCGGCGCUUCUUUAUCCCACCCCAGUCGCCGGACCUCUGUCAGUCACCUAACUGUAGCCCCACACACUCAUCUGAGUCCCGCCUUAACCACAACGGGCUAGGCGGGGCCAAUCGUGUGCACCCACACCCUAACUCCUACACGCCAAAAAUGGGGUCCCCCCUGAUGCACCCCCGCACACAGACUCUCCCCGCCAAACCCAAAAUAUCAGAGAAACCCCUUCAGACCACCCGGUCCAACCCCCUCCCGAAUUCGGCUGACAGUCCUGCCACCCCCAAGUCAGAGCCCACCACCCCCUCCUCGGCCCUGGGUACCCCUCCUGCUGUCCCCAGCAGCCCGCGGCCACGCCGCCAUCCUCCCCUCACCGUGCCCCCCAAGCUCUCCAUCCCUCUGUCCCCAGUGCCACCCAUGUCCCCACUGCGGCGCCACCUCCUCCACCCCGACCACAACGGUCACAAAUCUGUCCCCACCAUACAGGUGACUCCCCACCCCUCUCCGCGGGGUAGCCCUCUCCCCACACCUAAGGGCACCCCAGUGCACACGCCCAAGGAGAGCCCGGCGGGCACCCCGAGCCCCACGCCACCCCCCAGCCCGUCCAUUGGCGGGCUACCCUGGAGGACACGCCUCAACUCCAUCAAGAACAGCUUCCUGGGCUCGCCUCGCUUCCACCGCAGGAAAAUGCAAGUUCCCACUCAGGAGGACAUGUCCAGCCUCACACCUGAUUCAUCACCAGAGCUUGCCAAGAAGUCGUGGUUCGGUAACUUCAUCAACCUGGAAAAAGAAGAGCAGAUCUUUGUGGUGAUCAGAGACAAGCCUCUAAGUUCUAUUAAAGCAGACAUCGUUCAUGCCUUCCUCUCUAUCCCCAGUCUGAGCCACAGUGUGAUCAGUCAGACCAGUUUCCGGGCAGAGUACAAGUCCACGGCGGGCCCAACAGUGUUCCAGAAGCCGGUCAAGUUCCAGGUGGAUAUCACCUACACGGAGAGCACCGCGGCCACAAAGGAGAACGGCAUCUACUCCGUGACCUUCACCCUGCUCUCAGGUCCCAGCCGGCGUUUCAAGCGUGUGGUCGAGACCAUUCAGGCUCAGCUGAUGAGCUCACAUGACCAACCCGGGGUCCAGCAGAUUUCUGAUGGCUCUCAGUGGUCAGCCACUCUGACCAGCAAACCCUCCAAGCGUGGCAGCCCAUUGAGUAGCUUCUUUGACGUAAUUAAACAGCUUUUUUCAGACGAGAAGAACAGCCAGGCGUCGCACAACCCCCCUGGCACGCCCUGCACUCCUAGCCCCGCCGCUGCCAAGCAUGCCCCUGGCGGCCGGCGAAACGAGCCAUGCUCCCUACUCACCCAGCCCACUGACUCCAAAUGCCCCCCACCUCCGGGCAAAGACACACAAACAAAGAUGGCCACCACCAGCCGGACUGGGGAACAAGCUUAAGGCCGGAGAGGGGUUAGCUAGUUCUCUGUUGCAUGACUAGAUUACUGCAACCCCGUUAUACAGUUUGUCUGAAACUCAAUGCAAAAACCCCAAGAGUGUGUGAGAGCGGAAGAAAUGAAACAAGAGAUGCUGCUGGCUUCUUUGCUUCCGCCAGCAGGCGUAAUGUGUGUGUCAUAAGAAAAAAAAGAGAUCUAAUUUUGAUUACCGUUGAGAAAAAAAAAGUUUGUAUUGUAAUAACGAAAUGACUACUAUUAGAGUUUAGCAAUGGAUCGUUUGUCAGAAUUUGACAAUAACGAGUAGCACAUGUCUGUUCUUUGUCUUCCUGUUACCCUGUCGCUAUGCUAGUGUCAUGGGGUGUGUGUUGGUGUGUGUGUGAGUGUGUGUGUUCUCUGCUCUGUGGUGAUGGCUUGACCUUAUCUCUACCACCAGGAAUCAUCACUAAAACCUAUUAGUGAAACAAGAUGGAGGAUAGUAGGCGUCUCCCAACGCUGGGGGGCGCUCGAUCAUCUACGGAGUGAGUCAGAGGAAGCGAGAAAGAUGCCCCAAUUUACGCAUCCCACCCCCCAUGCUCGCCAUCCCAAAAUGGCUUUCUGCAUUCAAACACACACACACAUACACACAGAAGAGUACAUUCUGAGUCUUCAUUCUGACAGGCACGCAGACAGUUACAGUAUUAGCCAGAGAGUUGGAGAAAAGCCUUAAAAACACAAUAAUGAUUUUCAAAACCUGUACCCCAUGCAUCCUCUUCUCCCCCUUUUCUUUUCUUACACACACACACACACAACCAUUAGGGGGAUGUAAAGACUUGCACACAAAGAUGAACUGAAGUAAAACCACCGGCUCCUAUGAAAGUUGGAGAGAGGACGUUCGACAUCAUACGGACGUUGUCUGAACGUUGGCUAAACAAUAGCUGGAUUGUAAUUCUUUUUAAUGUAGUCUUUUGUGAACAACAGGAUUUUACCACUUCAGACUUCUUCAGACCCGGCAUCGUUGCUGUAAAUGAAAUGGAAUCCUGAUUUGAGAUUCGCUAGUUGAUUUAGUUGAUUGACUUUGGGGGGGACAUCGGGCGGGAGGGGGACUAAGAUGAAUGAUCUAUUCUGUUGUACAGACUGACUAUGUCUCUGUAUGUACAACGUUUGUGUAGUUGUGGCAUUAUGUUUAGCUAAGAAUUGUGUUAACUUAUCACAAUGUUUUGUUUCUACAUUUGGAUGUGUUUUAUCAAUUAAGUCUUAAUUUAUUUUCUGUUGCAUUUUUGAGGGAUUUAUAAUUUCAGGGUUUUAUUGUACCUUCAAUUAGUUUAGCUUUUGUUCAUGUUCCUUUGAAGUAUCUGCAGGAUUCAGACAACAGUGGACAUAACUAUUGUAUAUUUUUGUACCUUUUUUUCCUUUUUGUUUUAAUUUAUUCUGGGGUAUUUACUGUACAUAAAUGAUGUAGAACAUUUGUAUUUAAGGAUUCUUUUCUGUCAUGAUUAAUUUAUUGAUAAUUGAAAAUUCUUGUAAUGUUUUUGUGAACAUUAAUUAUUUCCCAGCUUCAAUGACAAAACUUGUAAUAUAUACAUUUGCCAAAUGAUUUACAGUAAUUUAAGAAUGUAGACUAGUCUCUUUGAGAGGAACGAGCCCUCGGUUGAUGAUAAUACUGCGUUCCUUUGCGUUGUGUGCGUGUACAACAACGUAGACUAAACCCUCCAACUAGUCGCCUUGUAAAUACUCCAUUUAUUUGCCAACAAACAUAUUUAAAGAACCAAGGGGAUUCCUACUCUUAGCUUUUACCUUGUAUCGUUGUUUGCAUGUCCGACAUUUUGUCUUUUCUUUGCAUGUUGUUGUUGGAACUGUUCAGUCCCUUUUUCCCCCUCUCUUUAUUUCCUGUUUGUAGAUUUGUUUCCCCUCUAUUUUUUUUCUCGCACUUCCCCCUUGCUCUCCAUGUUCUACAUUGCACAAUUACUGUGCAACGCAUCUUCUACACACAGACACACACACAUACACACAGUCUCUUACACCUCGUAGUCUGGUCAAUCAAUCUAUCUGGGGUGGGUAUUGGUAUCAGAGAUUUAAAAUAAAGCAAUAUCUAUUAUUGUCGUUCCUUUUAUUUUAUACUAUUGAGCAACCAUGCCAUACAGGAUGAUGGACAUACAGUAAGAACACACCAUUAGGAGCUCUGGAAUUAAGCAGGAAACCGCUGGCAAUGUAUCCCCUUGUUUCAUAACUGUGAACAACUUCAGUGCAAAAGGAAAUAAAUCUGUUGACUUUG